AUGCUCAAGUUGGGCACUUUUAUAUUGUGGGCCUUUUGUGGCCUGAUAGUUUAUGGAUCCCCAGCGAAACCACAGGAAAGUUCGGGAUCUGUUUGCCUCCUUAAGGACGCACCCAACCAAUGCGGAUCGUUUUGCCUUUCAGCACUAGGUCCACUCUACGAUCACAUGGCUAAGUUCGAGCUUACCUUGAAUAAAACCCAAAAAAGUCAGCAGAAGAGCAUCGAUGCGAGAUUAGAACGGAUGCAAAUUGAGCUUACUGCGGUUCUAAAUAAAUUGCAGCAUGGCUUAAUCAAAACGGAAGAGACUAGUGUUAAAUGCAUUCCAUCGAACUUCGAAAAGAUCGGUGCAAGAUUCUUCUACAUUGUACAAGAUGUUAAGCAAAAUUGGACUGAUGCUGAGGACUUCUGUCUUCUAAAGGGCGGUUAUCUAGCCUCUAUUCAAAACGAAGAGGAAUUCAACGCCAUUGUGUCCAAACUCGAGGAUUCGGAGCCAUACUUUCUGGGCAUCAACGACAGGGCCAAAAGAGGCGAUUUUAUAUCUGUGGUCUCCGGCAAACAAUCUUCGUUUUUGAAGUGGCAUCAGGAUGAACCCUUUUACCAAAACGACAGUGAGGCCUGCGUUGCUAUUGUAGAAGGCCUGAUGCGAGUGCACAAUUGUACUUUCAAAAAAUAUUUCAUUUGCCAGGCAGAUAAAGCAAUUUAG